AUGAGCGAACAUUCCAUCUUAUACGAGGAGUUGCAAUCCUCAUCUGCACAGGUCCGCCUCAUUAGGCUGAGCUGGGAUGACACCAACCGGAGCGGACAGGUCAGCGGGGAGCUGACGACGUUCUCGCUCGACGACCCACGCUGUCCGCCAUUCACGACUGUCUCGUACACCUGGGGCGACGGCAGGGAGUACCAUGACGAGUCUAUCCAGCUGAAUGGUCAUGACACUUUCGUGCUGAGGAAUGUGUUGGCUCUUCUUCGCAUGCUCUGUUCUACUUCAUCUGAGGCUUUCAACCUUGCCCAAGACUGGUUCUGGAUUGACUCGAUUUGCAUCAAUCAGGCCAGCCUUAGUGAGCGCUCGUCACAAGUCAAGCUGAUGGGUCGGAUAUAUCGCCAAGCCAACGCCACAAUUGUCUGGCUCUCCGAAGGAUCCGAAGACACCAAGACAGCUAUUGAACUGUUAGUACAUCUUGCCAACCGAAGGCAUGAACUUCGACAUGACUAUAAAAAGCGAGGGAAGCUCAUGCCUGCGGACUUGGCAGACCAUCCCGGUUGGAAGCCCUUGGAAAGUCUCCUGGAUCUUCCUUGGUGGCGGAGAGUGUGGACGCUCCAGGAGUUCAUACUGGCAAAAGAUUUGACAUUCUACUGUGGUACUCAUUCCAUAUCCCGAGCGGCGUUCCGCAGGGGGUUGCACGCACUUGAGCUAUGCGGCCCUUUGGAGCGUUACAUCAGGACCGCGGCAUGGACAACAGCUUGGAAUCGCCGGCGGCUCAUCCAAUGGUAUGAACAUGACCAGAACCGCUAUAAAAUGAGCCUGAUAUCCCUGAUGGCCUUCUGCGGAGACUACGAGACAACGGAUCCUAGGGAUAGAAUCUGGGCCGUGCAUGGCCUUGCUCGUGAAGCAGACCGGCAGAUGAUCGGCCGUCCGACGUAUUGCUACGAUGAAAGGACACUGUACACCGGUCUCGUUCAAGCUUUCCUGCACCAUUACAAGAGCCUGGACAUUAUUUGCUUCGCACAGCUGUUUCAAAACCCCGAUAACGACUGGCCGAGCUGGGUUCCCGACUGGCGUGUCCUCAGUCCACCAUAUGUGGUUCCUCUAAUGGUCAGCCAGAGUACAAAUGAGGCCCUGGCCAACUUCAGGCCUAUCACCGGCCCACCGAGGUCGAUAAAGAAAGCAAAAAAGAUGUCGGCCUACAAAGCUUCCGGUGAUGAACUACCUGCCAUCGAACUGAGGGACUUGAUCAGUCAUUUGAAAUGUCGGGGCCUCAUAAUUGGCUCAAUCGAUGGACUUGGGGGUAUUCCAGCGCAGGAGGACCGGGUUAUGCAAAUUAUCCAGUCCACAUCCCCUGUGAACAGUGCGGCCUUGAAUGCAGAGACAGAAGAAGAUAUUUUCGAAGAACUCGUCCGCUCCUUGGUGCUCGAUCGACAAGACAAGUAUCUGGAGUCCCGUGCACCUAUUCGACAAUACGGCAAUGAAUUGAUCCAGCUUGUCAAAUUUGCAAAUGAGGAUGGUGAACCUGGAAGAUCAGGGCCACCGUGGUUUCCGGCAUGGUGGGAGCUGAACAAGGACCUCCAUAUACGGGGAUUCUCCGUUGAGGAAAUCUGUCAAAUGAAAGCCUCUCUUUUUCCUUCUUCUGCCACUGGAGGCCACAUUCCGAAACACUCGAAGAGCGUCUUUUCCCGGAUCCGAGGCGUCAUGGGAGGAAAGAUCCGUCGACUCAUGGUCACAAAAGAGGGCUACAUUGGAGUAGCCCCAAGACGAGCACAAAAAGGAGAUAUUGUCUGCGUUCUCUACGGGUGCAGCGUGCCUGUGGUUUUACGCAAGUCCGGCACCGACGACGAAUCUGCAAGUUUGUGCAAAUUUGUUGGAGAGUGUUACGUGGAUGGACUGAUGGAUGGAGAAGCUCUGAGUCUGGGAAAGGAAGCCCAAGACUUUAUGAUCCAAUGA